UCCCUCUCACCUACUAUCGAACAGGCUUACAGACAAGCCUUGCACUAUGCCGCUAGACUACUCCAAACUCAACCCGGCCAACGACACGCACUUUGCGCCGUUCGCGAGCCGCCGCUCGACGGUCUACUCGACAAAGGGCAUGGUCGCGACGUCGCAGCCGCUGGCCGCGCAGGCGGGCCUCGAGAUCCUCAACAAGGGUGGAAAUGCGGCCGACGCUGCCGUCGCCACUGCUGCCGCCCUCAACGUCACUGAGCCGACGUGUACCGGCAUCGGCGGGGACCUCUUUUGCUUGUUCUACGAUGCUAAGAGCAAGACGGUGCGGGGUAUUAAUGCCUCGGGGCGCGCACCUAAGGCUCUGACCCUUGAGUAUCUCCGUGGUCAGGGAGUGACAGGUGACACAAUCCCCCUCGACAACCUCAACUCGGUCACAGUCCCCGGCGCCGCCGCCGGCUGGGAGCUCACGGUCAAGGAGUUCGGCUCGGGCAAGCUCACCCUCGCCGAGGUGCUCAAGCCAGCAAUCCGUCUCGCGAAGGACGGCGUGCCGAGCCACGAGAUCAACUCGCGACAGUGGGCCGGCGGCGAGAAGCUCGUCAAGAAGACGAGUCCUAACUGGCGGGAGAUGAUGCUUCCUGAUGGAACUCCGCCCAAGCAGUCCAACAUCAUGAAGCACCCCGAGCUUGCGCGGACGUUUGAGGCGAUCGCGGAGCACGGCGCCAAGGGCUUCUACACGGGACGCAUUGCCGAAGAGAUCGUCAAGCUCAUCCAGUCAGCCGGUGGCGUCAUGACACUUGAGGACCUGGCAGAGCACACCGCCGAGGUGGUCGAGCCGAUCAAGUACGACUUUAAGGCGACUGCAGACGACCCGGGACUUACACUGUGGGAGUGCCCACCAAACGGCCAGGGCCUGACCGCCCUCCUCGCCCUCGGCAUCAUUGAGGCCGUCGAGCGGGUCCACGGCGUCGACGUCCUCACCCUCGAGCACAACAGCACGGAGUACCUGCAUGUUCUCAUCGAGGCCUUACGUCUCGCAUUCGCUGAUACUCAGUACUACGUUACUGAUCCUGCUUUCGCCUAUGUUCCUGUCAAGGAGCUCCUGAGCAAGGAAUACCUCGACAAGCGUGCUACCUUGAUCGACUUGACAAAGUCGGGCAACCCGAAGCACGGCUACCCCGUCAGCUCGUCCGACACCGUUUACUUGACAACGGCAGACAAGGAGGGAAACGCCUGCUCGUUCAUUGCGUCGAACUACGCCGGCUUCGGCACUGGUGCCAUUCCCGCCGGGUGCGGCUUCACGCUCCAGAACCGCGGCUCCGGCUUCGUCCUCCGUGAAGGCCACCCAAACAACGUCGCGGGUGGCAAGCGCCCCUACCACACCAUCAUCCCAGCGAUGGUGACGCACGGCGAUGAGCUAGUGCUCAGCUACGGCGUGAUGGGCGGGUUCAUGCAGCCGCAGGGACAUGUGCAGGUGCUGUUGAACCUCCUGAGGGGGUACACGCCCCAGUCAUCCCUCGACGCGCCGAGGUUCUGUAUCUCUGCUGGCCUACCAGACGCCGGGACUGCGAACGCUGCCGCGGCAGGUGAUGUCAACUCAGAGAUCUGGAUCGAGGAGGGCGUCGCGCCUGAGGUCAUUGACGCACUGCGAGCCCUCGGUCACGACAUCAAGCUCGCCACUGGUUACACCCGCCGCAUUGCAGGCAAGGGACAGGUCAUCUUGGCUGUGCGGGAUCCGUCUGGCGCCAACGUCUGGGCUGGUGGCUCGGAUCUGCGCGGCGACGGUGCGGCAGUUGGACAGAUCUAG